UCUUUCAAGGUACCAAACUCGCUGAAGAGUGAAGCCCAACUGCGGGGUUUCUCCCCAAAAAUUUUCCGGGAAAUUCGCCGAGAGAAAAUGGACGGGAAACUGGAAGUCUCGCUGGACAAGCUUCCCGUCAAGCGCUUGGACGCCAUUGAAGAAAACGGCUUCGAACGCUUCCCUUCAGAUGUAGAUUACGAUGAGAAGCGGCUUUCGCUGAUUCGGCGAAUCGACUUUGCAUGGGCGGUGGAGAAAGACGAUAAGAAGAAGCAGAAGAAGAGCUCAAAGGAGAGCUCAGCGCCGUGGCAAUGGCAGAGCAUGGUGGAGAAUUUGCAGUUGGCUCAUCAGGAGCUCUCUGUCAUUAUGGAUCUCAUUAACACCGUGGAAGCCAAUGAUGCAGUAACAGUGGCCAGUAUGACCAGGCCAAAGCCAUUGCCAAAUGAAAUCCUGUCUGACCUUUCUGUAUCUGCAGCAACCAAGUUACAAUGCUUCCGGCAUCUUGGUAAAUAUUUUAAGCAGUCUGCCAAAACUUUGGAACAGCAAGUUACUAGGGAAGCAAGAUUUUAUGGUGCUCUAAUCAGAUUGCAGCAAAACUGGAAAGUUAAACGGCAGCGUGGGGCAGCUUCAGCUCCUGGAAGUGAAGGCUUCACAAUUGAUCUGUUUGACAAUUCACUCUAUGAUCCAGCAGCUGUAUUUCGUCCAUCAUCUUUAUCUACUGUUCGUCUUGACCAUGACUCAGCUGGCAUGCUUUCAAUAAAUUUACCUCCAAAUUCACGCCGCUCUAUUCAAUUUAGCUUUCUUGGUCAACACUCAGAUGAUACUGUGAAGGAACCCUAUAAAAUCAAAACCUAUCCCUCAGUGGACAAUCACUCUAGAGAAAGUGAGAAAGAAUCCAUAAGUGAUGAUGAGUAUGUUAAAGAAACACAUUCGCUCAUUCGCGAAGUUCAUCGAGCAAUCUUUGAUGAGCAGGUGUUUGAUUUGGUCAAUCGUGAAGCAUCUAACCCAUCUUUAGGAGUUAAUGUGACUGGUAUACGAGAAAAUUAUUUGCAAUUGAGCUUAGGUCAAGGAACCUGUGUGUUCGUAUCACUAGCUCCAUCUAGUCAAGGAGAUCAAAUGGUUGAAAGUUUAAGCUCCCAGAAUAUAGAAAAUGCAAUUUUACCCUUGGACACAUUGGAUGGAGUGAAGUUACCAGAGGAAGAACAAGAUACCCCUAGGAAAAAGUGGGGGUUUCCCAAUUGUAUUAGCUAUGAAAUAUACCUACAACAGAUUUUCCAUGAGCACGUUUUCAUGAAAGCAAAGGAUAGACCCGUUUACACUGGUGCGCGAGGAUCUGGUCAAGGGGCAAAGGAUGGGCCCAGCCUUCUGGGUCAUUUCUGUAUGUCACUGGAUCAUAGAAUCUUUUCCAACAAAGUUCUUAUGGAGCUGGAAAAUGUGGUUUGCAGGGUCCCUUAUCUCCAUUUGUUAUGUAAUCCAACUUGGCUUUCUCGGUCAUCCUCAUGGACAGUCUUCAUGAAGGUUCCUCAGUCCAUUCUUCAUGCAGGUUGCCAAGCCUCUCCAUCAACCCACCGUCGUAUGAGGAAUGUCAUUAAGUCAGAGUUCCGGACUAAGAUAGUGGUGAAUGAUGAUUGCAUCAACGUAGAAGGGGAAGGUGCUCCUAAUGUUGUUGGCCUGUUCAAAGGGAAUUCAGGGGAAAUUUCUUCUAUGAACAGAUAUGACUGUGACUUGGCAGAUCUUCCUUCGAUAAUUCUGCAACAGGCUGCAAGCCAAGUUAUUGGCUGGCUUCAUGAGGAAGCUCUUUUGGUGGGAAUAAAGGUAAACCGAGACUUCCUAUGCUUGUCCUUUGAGCUGGAGCAGGGCGAAACACUUAGCCUGGUGGCUCAUGUGGACCCUGAAGAUACUCAAGGAUGCAUCUCCUGGUGGUUGCUUAUGGAGGAUGGUUUCGCUGAGGAGCGAAAACUUCAUAUGGACAUUUCUGAUGGUGCAUCAGAAUAUAGGAAGUUCUUAGGCCAUUUGUCGCUGGAUGUGUUAUAUUCAACCCUGAUGGACUUGGUGAGCUUGUGCAGUGGAGGUGGUAGCCAAUGACCUACGAAUACCAUUAUCAUAUCCUUUCUUUUGUUGGCCUUUUUAGGUAGAUGUUGCAUGUAAUCUCUCAGCCUUAAAUUUUUUUAUCAAUUUCAAAGUUACUCGUUUUCUCGCA